CAGCUCUCUCGCAGCAUCUCUCCAUCAACAUCCGACAAUCUCAUCCCGUGUUUUCCACCUUUAAGCAGCUUUCUUUGAGCAGCCGACAACAUGACGCACCAGUACCCUGCUCUCACUGCCGAGCAGAAGAAGGAGCUCCAGGACAUUGCCCAGCGCAUUGUGGCGCCUGGGAAGGGAAUUCUCGCCGCGGAUGAGUCAACAGGCAGCAUGGCCAAGCGCCUCAACCCCAUUGGCGUUGAGAACACAGAGGAAAACCGCCGCCUGUACCGCCAGAUCCUGUUUUCCGCGGAUGAGCGCAUCAACAGCUGCAUCGGCGGUGUGAUCUUCUUCCACGAGACUCUGUACCAGAACGCUGAUGAUGGCACACCCUUCGCGAAGCUGAUCAAGGACAGAGGCAUUGUCGUGGGCAUCAAGGUCGACAAAGGUGUUGUCCCCCUGGCUGGAACCAACGGCGAGACCACUACCCAGGGACUUGAUGGUCUAUCAGAGCGCUGCGCCCAGUAUAAGAAGGAUGGUGCUGACUUUGCCAAGUGGCGCUGCGUCCUGAAGAUCAGUGAGACCACACCCUCUGAGUUAGCCAUCAUGGAGAAUGCUAACGUUCUGGCUCGCUAUGCUAGCAUCUGCCAGCAGAAUGGCAUUGUGCCCAUUGUGGAGCCUGAGAUCCUGCCAGACGGAGACCAUGACCUUAAGCGCUGCCAGUAUGUGACAGAGAAGGUGCUAGCCGCCUGCUACAAAGCCCUGUCUGACCAUCAUGUAUACCUGGAAGGGACCUUGCUCAAACCCAACAUGGUGACAGCCGGACACUCUUGCCCCACUAAAUACACCCCUGAGGAAGUCGCCAUGGCGACCGUCACCGCUCUGCGUCGCACUGUUCCCCCAGCAGUUACAGGUGUGACAUUCCUGUCUGGAGGACAGAGUGAGGAGGAGGCAUCCAUCAACCUGAAUGCCAUCAACAACUGCCCUCUGACCAAACCCUGGGCCCUCACUUUCUCCUAUGGCCGUGCCCUCCAGGCCUCAGCUCUCAAUGCCUGGCGUGGAGCCAAAGACAACGAAAAGGCCGCCACUGAGGAAUUCAUCAAGCGUGCUGAGGCAAAUGGCUUGGCAGCCCAAGGAAAGUACGUCUCAGUCGGCGGCAGUGGAGCUGCAGGACAGUCCCUCUACGUGGCCAAUCACGCUUACUGAUCGCCCCCUUCGCCCACAGUAGACCUUCUGCAGACUAAUCGUAUCUUCCACUGCUGCUAUCCUCCAUGUCACGUAUCAAUCACAGGCCUGCGCUGUCUUCUGUACUGUUUUUAGUUUAUCCAUUUGAAUUGCAUCAAAAUAUGAAAAAAGGGAAAGAUUGUAAAAUUGAUGAGCAGUCAAUAAAAAUGACAGGCACUUUAAUGGAACUUAAAUCUGCCCGUUUCACAAAUGAUAAAUUUGAAUUCAGACUUCUCCUUUUGAAACGCUUUUAAAAAUGACUGUGUUUUUAUGGUCAGAUAUGUACUACUGAUAGAAAAUUUAAGUGUUUAAACAACAACAGCAUUCAGCCUAGCACCACGUUUAUUUGUUAAUGGUACGUUUUUCCUUCAAGAGGAAGGCUUUGUUCACACUGCAGGCAGCUCCAAAUCGGUGUUAAUUUUGUGAAGUGACCCAUGUAGACGAUAUGAAUAGGGUGUGCAUGUGCACAUGAACAACAACAAACGAGUUGAAUGAGUACACGUCUCCAGUCAUGUGAAGUCUACCAGCCUGUCGCCAAAGCCAAUGCCACUGAUGUUGUUAUGCUCACGUUUAUCUGUACAGUGAUUUGAAGUGGAGGACACAUAGGAAUCUGCCUGUGCAUGAUGAUAAUGGGUUAAAAAGCCAAAGUUGUAACUUUAGCGCUUUGCGUAUACCUAUCUGUGCAUUUAUUUUCCUCAGUCCCACCAGCAAGUUACAACGAGAUGUAAUCUGUCACAUGGAGACUGUCACUCUGACCAUGUUAUACAUUAACCAAUUGUAUUUAAAUUUGAUUGUUCUCACCAAAUCAUUGGUUCUCGUUGGAGUUUGUUUCACAUAGAAAUGUGAACCAAAUUGGAAACUCAGAAGGUGUAACUUCACAUUCCAUUUACUUGUUGAUAUGAGAGAAAAAGAAUUGAGUCACUUUUGCUGCAGUGUGAUCUUAGCCCAAAUGAUUUUAGUCCAGGCAACUGCCACAAAAGGUGAUGUCCCUGUGCUUCUGUCUGGAUGCAGUGUGGUUUCAACAAUCCUUGCUAUGAAGAGAUCUCAGUUUUUAAUUUAAAGGAGAUGAUAGUGCAGGUAUGUUAGCUGGGACUGAAUUUAGUCUGUUGUAGACAACUGUGUAAGAAGCAGAGGCAGUGAUGUACCUGAGUGAGUGCUUUCAAUGAAACAUACAACAGCUUAGCCACACUUUUAAAAACGGUUGAUAAAAAAACACCACGGAACAUUAUUUAGUGUUCUGUUCUUAUUCACUUCAGUGGUGAGUUAUUUGGGUAUGUGUGUCUACUGUUGAAUAAAUACUAACAAUAUUGAUUGACAAAAACAGUUGCUCUAUAAAUGUGUGUUACUGUGUAGUGUGCUUGAGUGUUCUAAGCUCUCUCUCCCAUACCUUCUUUGUGACACAGUACAGAAGAGAUGAUUAAUUCAGUUGAUUUAACUGUCAUCGUGUAGACCAAACUUUGAGGCACACUAUGGAGUGGGAGAAGAUUGGUGCGAGCAGUGAUUGAUGUAUUAAGCUGUGACAUUUGUGAUGUUUGUGUUAUCAUUUAAGCUCUUGGUGUGUCAUAGUAAAA